AUGGUGAUGAUGAAAGUACCAGCUCAACAUUCAAAAAAAGAUGGAAAAGAAGUUAAAGUACAGUCAUUUCCUGAUGCUUCAAAGACUUUUGGCAUGGAAGAUUUGGGGUUUUUGAGGGCUGUUACAGAAAUCCCUGCUCAGUUUAGAAAUAUUUUCAAGGAAUUCCCAUAUUUUAACUACAUACAGUCCGCGGCUUUGGAUGAUAUUCUUUACACAGAUAGGAAUUUUGUGAUUUGUGCUCCGACUGGUUCUGGAAAAACUGUAAUGUUCGAACUAGCUAUUACAAGGUUACUAAUGGAAGUGCCGAUGCCUUGGUUAAAUAUUAAAAUUGUCUAUAUGGCUCCAAUAAAAGCUCUGUGCAGUCAGCGUUUUGAUGAUUGGAAAGAUAAAUUUGGACCUAUAGGGCUCAGCUGUAAAGAACUGACAGGAGAUACAGUGAUGGAUGAUUUAUUUGAAAUACAGCAUGCUCACAUUAUUAUGACCACACCAGAAAAAUGGGAUAGCAUGACUAGAAAAUGGAGAGACAACUCUUUAGUCCAACUGGUACGACUGUUCCUCAUUGACGAGGUACAUGUUGUGAAAGAUGAAAGCCGUGGUGCAACACUUGAGGUUGUAGUCAGUCGGAUGAAGACGAUACAGUCUUCUCUUUCACGUGUCUCAGAGAAUCCUGACAUGCUUACACCCAUGAGAUUUGUGGCUGUUUCUGCAACAAUCCCAAAUGCUGAGGAUAUUGCAGAAUGGCUUUCAGAUGGUAUGAGACCUGCUGUAUGUCUGAAAAUAGAUGAAAGUCAUCGACCUGUGAAGCUUCGCAAAAUAGUUCUUGGAUUUCCCUGCAGUAGCAACCAAACAGAAUUCAAAUUUGACUUAACACUUAACUACAAAAUAGCUAGUGUUAUACAAACAUACUCUGAACAAAAACCAACCCUUGUGUUUUGUGCCACAAGAAAAGGAGUACAGCAGGCUGCUUCAGUUCUUGCAAAAGAUGCUAAAUUUAUUAUGACUGUGGAACAGAAACAAAGAUUACAAAAGUGUGCAAAUUCAACAAAAGAUACCAAAGUGAGAGAUCUUUUAAUGUGUGGUGUGGCUUAUCAUCAUGCUGGUAUGGAACUAUCUGAUAGAAAAAUAAUUGAAGGAGCUUUUACCAGGGGAGACUUACCAGUACUUUUUACUACUAGUACCUUAGCUAUGGGAGUAAAUUUACCCGCACACCUGGUAGUUAUAAAAUCUACAAUGCACUAUGUUGGAGGAAUGUUUCAAGAAUACAGUGAAACAGAUAUUCUGCAAAUGAUUGGGAGAGCAGGGAGGCCUCAAUUUGACACUACAGCUACAGCAGUUAUCUUGACGAGGUUAAGUACAAGAGAGAAAUAUGUACAGCUGUUAAAUGGUGCAGAUACAAUAGAAAGCAGUUUGCACAAACAUCUUGUUGAGCAUUUAAAUGCAGAAAUAGUGUUGCACACUAUCACGGAUGUGAAAAUAGCUUUGGAAUGGAUACGAUCAACUUUCCUAUACAUCAGAGUUUUGAAAAAUCCAGUUCAUUAUGGUUUUUCGCCUGGACUAGACACAGUUGGAAUUGAAGCAAAAUUACAAGAAUUGUGUUUGAAGAAUUUGAAUGAUUUGUCAUCUCUUGAUUUGAUCAAGAUGGAUGAAGAAUUUAAUUUCAAACCUACAGAGACUGGAAAACUAAUGGCUUGGUACUAUAUUGCAUUUGAUACAGUGAAACAGUUUUCCACAAUUAAUGGAACAGAAACUUUAUCUGAACUGAUCACAAUGAUAUCCGGCUGCGUUGAAUUUUCAGAUGUCAAGUUAAGAAUAAAUGAGAAGAAAAUAUUGAACACUUUGAAUAAAGACAAGAACAGGAUAACUAUCAGGUUUCCAAUGGAAGGGAAGAUAAAAACAAGAGAAAUGAAAGUAAACUGUCUUAUUCAGGCUCAAUUAGGAUGCAUUCCUAUUCAAGACUUCACUUUGACACAAGAUAUAGGCAAAAUUUUCAGGCAUGGCAUAAGAGUUACUAAAUGGUUAUCUGACUUUCUGGCAUCACGUAAAAACAAUUUCCCUGCAUUAUUAAACUCUUUGAUUUUAGCUAAGUGUUUCAGGUGCAAACUGUGGGAAAACUCUCUGCAUGUAUCCAAACAGCUAGAAAAAAUUGGUGUAACACUAUCAAAUGCAAUGGUAAAUGCAGGUCUGACAUCAUUUAAAAAAAUUGAAGAUGCAAAUGCAAGGGAGCUUGAAUUGAUUUUAAACCGACAUCCUCCUUUUGGAAACCAAAUAAAAGAAUCUGUGCUACACCUGCCAAAAUAUGAACUUGACAUUGAACAGCUUACAAAAUAUAGUGAUACAGUGGCUGAAAUCUUAGUGACCAUCAUAUUAACAAACUUUGAACAGCUUCAGAUUAAGAGAACUGCACCAGACUUUCACUAUGUAACCUUGAUCAUAGGAGAUGCUGAUAAUCAAGUGGUUUUUAAACAGAAAAUUAUGGAUUCUGUCUUGCUGAAAAAUGGAAAUUGGACCAAAAAAAUUGAAGUGAAAAGAGCUCUUAAAUCUGAGGAACUUAGCAUAAAUUUAAUUAGCUCUGAAUAUGUUGGGGUGGAUAUUCAGCAAAACUAUUCAGCCUUUUACUUAGGACCAAAAAGGUUUGGAAAUGAAGUGGUUUUACAAAGAAAAUUAGAAGCUGAGUCUUCACCUAUGUAUCAUGCCUCUUCAAUAAGAUCAGCAGCAGCGAGAAAGGAUACAGGUGCCUGUAACCGAGAGAUCACCUACAUGAAACUUGGGAACAGAGAAUGCAGCCAUCACUGUAAAAAUAAAGAUGUAUGUGGACAUGACUGCUGUAAAGUUGGAGUUUCACAGAAAUCUGAGUUAAAGAGAGAUUCAAAGUUUUCUUCAUACCUAGCUGAUUUAAGGAACAGAAACUCAAUUUCAUCAGUUCCCCCAGUAAAACAAUUAAAGAUACAGUUAAAUAAAUCUCAAAAUGUGGAUCUGAAACAAUUUGUUUUUACACCGAAAUCUUUGUUGCCAGCGUUGCCAAGGUCUGACUAUGCACAGUCUUCUGCCUCAGCUUCACGAGAACACUGGAGUAAUGUUAAUAUCCUUGGUAGACCUCAGAACCAACUGCAAUCAGAGAGUUAUGAAAAGAGUAAUUUCUCUUGGGAACAUUCUGUGACUGUAAGUGAGGAGAGCCAUCAGACGAUGACGUCAAAGAAAAAUCUUAAAGAAUCUUUAAUGCAUAAUUUUACUAAUGCAGAUAAAAGCAGCUCUUGGUUUUCAGAGGCUUUGAAUGUGAACUUUGAAUUGGGAGAUGAAGUUUGGGAUGAUUUUGAUGAUGACAAAUUAAUACGUGCUAGCAGUUUUUUCACUGGUGUGGAGAGUAGAGAAGAUUUAGUGUUGAUAAAUCUAAACUUUAAAAGUAAUCGUCUAACAGCAUCAGAACAAAAUGGAAGUUUUACAGUAACAAAUGUUAAGUUAAAGUCUUAG